UCCAUAUUUAUUACCUAUGCUAACGCACCUACUACUGUUUAUGUUCACCCCUUCCAUCUCUUUUUACCUAUUUCGACUUAUAUAUUCGCAUCCAAACACUUUCAACAAUAUUCAAUCUUCUUCAACGACUAACCAAGUUCAUCAAAUUAGACAAAAACAGCCUACGAUGGAAAUCGAACUAGCAACAUCAGCUUUGGAAUUCUUGGACGUUCCUGACUCAACCCUUCAACUGGAAGAAUCUUUUAGUGAUUUUGUUGAACUAGUUGAAAGAGUGUCGUCACCUUUACCCAGCAAAAAAUUUAAAAUUCACACUGGAGAUGUAGAAUACGAGGAGUGGUUGAGGCGUUUAGACAAAGGAUUAGCCAAGUUCAAUGCCAGAGGCAUGCGAAAGGGUCACCCCGAUAUUAUUUGCUGCAAUUUAUUAAUUACUAAAAACGAGACCGAAGAUGUUCCUAAUAUAGAACCUGUAAAUCCAAAGAAGAAAGCAAAAUGUUUUGGUAACAUGAAAAGACGUUUUGAAAAUAUGUUUUUCAAGGUGGUGGAAUGUGAACCAUUCGUAAAAGAACCAAAAUGUUUGGAGGAGCAUUAUCACCAUUUAUCUUCCAUUAAUGAAGACCAUGAAACCAAGUUUGCCAUAAAAUUUAGUUGGAUCACCAUGUGGUUUUGAAUGUCCUUUUUGUUAUU